AUGCUUACUAGCAAUGUCUGCAUUGGUAUCUUUUUGCUCUUACAAACUACAACUGGGAUCCUGGCAAACUGCUUCCUACUUUCUCUUUAUAUUUUGAAUUUCCGACUUGACCAUAAACUAAGGCCACUAAACUUGAUUCUGACCCAGCUAAUCUUGACCAACAUCACUAUGUUGGUGAGCAUAGGCAGCCCAGAAAUACUGCAAGCUUUUGAGAUAAGAAAUUUCCUGGAUAAUGUUGGAUGCAAAGUGAUAUUUUUCCUUUACAGAAUUACCCAGGGGCUUUCAAUUUGUUUCACUUGCCUUCUGUGUAGCUUUCAGGCCAUCACCAUUAGUCCCAGUGGCUCUACGCUAUCAAAACUCAAAACCAGAAUUCCAGAACAAAUUUCUACCCUCUCUCUCUUCUGUUGGAUCCUUAAUAUCUUGAUAGAAAUUCCUGUGCCAAUGUUUGUGAGAGAACCGAAGAGCACCACCAAUAAUACAUAUGCAUAUACUAUAAUAUAUUGCUCAAUUAUAAAGAUUAUAGAUAUUUAUUUCAUCAUGACUACUCUGAGAAAUGUGCUAUGUGUGGGACUCAUGUUUUGGACCAGUGGCUACAUGGUGUUUCUCCUGCACAGACACCACCAUCAAGUCCAGAACAUCCACAGUACCAACUUCUCAUCCAGAGCUUCCCCUGAGGUCAGAGCUACCCAAACCAUCUUACUGCUGAUGGGCAUUUUUGUCUGCUUUUACUUACUUCAUUCCAUCACUUUGAUGUUUCUCACUUAUUUAGGUCAUAACCGAUACUGGUUGACCAUCUCUGCCAUUCUGUCUCUUUGCUUCCCAACCUUUAGUCCCUUUGUGUUGCUGCCCCGAACCCCCAAACACAGCUGCAUUCUCUGGGGAAGAAAAGUAACUGAUUCUCAAAUUGUCCUAAAGUUUGAAUAUAAGGUUGGUAGAGUGAUUUCUCCUGUCUGCAUUCAUGGUUCCCAGCCUAUGAAGGUCCUUGUAACAAGGAAGAACUUGAACAGCUUCUAG